AAUUUGGGGUAGCAGUAACUCAGUCCAUAGGGACUUGGCUUGGGAACAGGAGGGUGGCCGGUUCAAGUCCUGGUAUGGAACAAGUUUGGACUAGUGGCAGGAGAGGUGCUGAUUCGUUGGAUUGGGCACUGUCACGGUGCCCUUCAGCAAGGCACCAAACCAGCAACUGCUCGAGUGGUGCUGCUUGAUGACAGCCUCACUCUGACAUCUCUCAAUCGGUGCGUGUCCAUAGCAACGUGUGUGUGUGUGUGUUCCAAAAACAUGGACUCUGACAUCAUAACAUCAAAGGACUGAUUCAAGCAGGGAGAGUAUAAACCACAGCAGCUCUCUCCAUCAGAAGGAUCAUUUUGAAUCUGUUGUAGGCGAGUAUCAGAGAGACAUCCACACUCAACAAUCAUUCAAAAUGCCCAAAAAAACGCAGAAAGUGGCCAAGGCUGACAAAAGCAGAAGCAAAUGUCAGGAGGACCCGAUCGAUUUUUCCAAACUUCCUGAGGACUUAAAAACACUUGAUGAAGUCUGGAAAAAAGAGAGGGGAAACACUCGUAAAAAGAAUAAAUCCAGCCGCUUGCAAGAGAAGAGAGAAAUGGAGCUGGCUGAACAAAAGUCAGAGGAGCAAGAAGAUCAGAAGGAGCUGAUUAAUCCCACUGCUGAGAAAACUCCUGCCAUCAAGAACCUGUCACAAGAGCAACUUCUAGACUCAAGUCCUGAGGACUUAAAAACACCUGAUGAAGUCUGGAAUAAAGAGAGGAGAAACACUCAGAAAAAGAAUAGAUUCAGAUGCUUGCAAGAGGAGAGAGAAAUGGAGUUGGCUGAACAAAAGUCAGAGGACCAAGAAGAUCAGGAGGAGCUGCAAAAUCCCACUGCUGAUAAAACUCCUGCCCUACUAGAAGCUGAGUACAUGGAGACCAUCAAGAAGCUGUCAAAAAAGGACCUUAUAGAGGAGUGUCUGCAGCUGAGGAAGGACUAUGUAACCACCGAACAGAAGCUGAAGAAAAAACUUCAGAAGGAGAAGACUCAGAGGAAACUUCUCAGAGAAGAGCUGGAGAUGAAGAAAGCUUCAAACACUGACGUCCAGGAGAGUGAGUCCGAGGUCCCUGCUCAACAACAGCAAGCUGGUCUCCUAAACCCUGAAACUGAGGAGAAAUUAAAGUCUCUGGAAGACAGGGUGCUGAACGACCAGCGAGAUAUCACCAACCUGACGGCUGAACGGGACACCCUGACGGCUGAACGCGACACCCUGACGGCUGAACGGGACACCCUCACACAAGAGAUGGCAGAGAUCAACAUACUGAAGGAAGAGGCCAUCAAGAAGCAGGAGGAUCUCUUGGAGGAGAACGAGGAGCUGAAACAUGAACUCAGCCUCAAGAAAUGUCUUCACCAGGAGAACGAGGAGCUGAAACAUGAACUCAGCCUCAAGACAUGUCUUCACCAGGAGAACGAGGAGCUGAAACAUGAACUCAGCCUCAAGACAUGUCUUCACCAGGAGAAUGAGGAGCUGAAACAUGAACUCAGCCUCAAGAAAUGUCUUCACCAGGAGAAUGAGGAGCUGAAACAUGAACUCAGCCUCAAGAAAUGUCUUGAACAGGAGAAUGAGGAGCUGAAAGAGAGGAUCAAAACCAGCCAGGAAGAGUUCAACGCUGAGCCCCAGCUUGCAAAACAGAACAACAUCCUCCUCCAACAGCACUAUCAGGCUCUAGGAGUUGCAUACCAGAAGCUCGGUGAGGCGUACCAAACACAGGUCGUCACUGUCAGAAAUCAGGCUGUAAACCUUCAAAACCAGCUGAAGACGCAAGUCCAGUCAAAUGCAAACAGGAAGAGGGAAGACCAGUGGCUUAUCAGGAAGUUAAAAACUGACCUGAAAGCCCUCCAAGGAAAAACGUCAGCGACCAUCAUCUCCCAGAAAAAAUACUUCUUGAAGAUUAUAGAGGGGCUGAGCAAUCAGCUCAACUCUCUGAGAGACAUUCGAGAAAAAUACGACGACCUGAAAGAAGAAUACGAUAUCAGACAGGAGGAGUUCAACGCUGAGCUUCAGCCGGAAAAACAAAAACAUUUGCUUCUCCAAGAGGAUCAUGAGAGCCUCAGAGAGUCCUACAUAGAGCUCAGUAAAAAAUAUGAAGCCGUGAUCAUUACUCUCCAACAGUGGGCUGAAGAGGCCACUCAGCAGGGACUAGCCAUCCAAGUCCAGGAGGAGCCUGAGGACACAGAGAUCAACAGUAUUGAGACCGCAACGACCGUAACACCCCAGGAAGAGCCUGAAGCAUUGACUCCAGUCAGUGAGACAGUGACUCCAGUCAGUGAGACAGCAACUCCAGUCAGUGAGACAGUGACUCCAGUCAGUGAGACAGCAACUCCAGUCAGUGAGACAGAGACUCCAGUCAGUGAGACAGCAACUCCAGUCAGUGAGACAGCGACUCCAGACACUGAGACAGAGACUCCAGACACUGAGACAGAGACUCCAGCCGCUGAGACAGAGACUCCAGCCGCUGAGACAGAGACUCCAGACACUGAGACAGAUAUUCGAUGGACACAGAACACCUGGAUCAGCCGUCACUCAGUUCCUGAGGGAGGAGAAGCAGCCGGUGACAAAGCAGCAGACGCCACAACCCAGGAAGGACAACAGUCUCUGUUGGUGAUGAGUGGAGGAGAAGGUUACAUUGACUUCAGGAUGGAUCCAGUCUCAAGGUGGGAGCAGCUCUGCCGACCAGCUGAGAGGCAAAGUUUGAUGUUUGAAUCCCGUUCAAGUCUUGAGGUCCUGACUCUGGAGGUAAAGAAACGAGAGCUGCUGGCCUCAGGUUCUCCAUGA